CUCUUCUUCCAUGAACAAUUGAUAUUGGAAUGAGCGUAUCCUCUUGACACUAGUGUGAAGACUCUUAACCAAGCCUCAAAGUUUUAUGAGAAUACCGUCAGCUACCUUCUCCAGCUUGCUCCUGUUUGUGUAAAGGGUCUUUUCAUAUGCAAAAGAAGGGGGAGGGAGGGGAGUGUCUUAUUUCCCACUUGCAGUGGACUUUCCAGCUACCCUUUCAAAAGAUCUAAACUGAGAGCUUCUAAGUCAUUGAUCACAGUACACCCAGGGAUACUCAAUUCACAGUCAAGUGGGAAGUUGCCAUCAUGAAUAGUCAAGAGAUUGUGGCUCUGCUACAGGAGUGCAAGCGAAUGCUGGAUGCUCUGGCUUCAGGGGUGUCAGAACUCUCUGAGGAGGAGAAGAAUAGCCACCAGCAGUGCGAAGCUUUACUCCCAGAUGAUCUGAGGACCCUAAUCCAAGAGGCAAAGGAAAUGAAGUGGCCCUUUGUGCCAGAGAGGUGGCAGUACAAACAGGCUGUUGGUCCAGAAGACAAAACAAACCUACAAGAUCUGAUCAAUCCGAGGUUGCAUGACUUACUGGUUUUUUUGAAGGCCUCCAUUGCUCUUGAAGACAGUAUUACAGCGGCUGCCAUUGUUUUUCUUAUUGACCGAUUUCUAUAUUGGGCAGAUGCUUCCACCAGGCUUCUACAGGUUGCCAAAGGUUUGCACAAGAUGUGGCCUGCCACACCAAUAGCGCCACAGGUGGUUAUACGUCAAGCACGCAUCUCGGUGAAUUCAGGAAAGCUUUUGAAAGCGGAAUACAUUUUAAGUAGUCUGAUAAACAACAAUGGGGCAACAGGUUCCUGGCUUUAUUCUAAUGAAAAUGAUCGAGUUUUAGUGCAGUCUGUUUGUAUACAGAUUCGAGGACAAAUCUUGCAGAAAUUGGGCAUGUGGUAUGAAGCAGCUGAGUUGAUCUGGGCCUCUGUUGUCGGCUUUUUUGAGCUCCCUAUACCAGAUAAAAAGGGAAUAGGUACGUCUUUGGGUAUUUUGGCAGACAUAUUUAUUUCCAUGAGUGAAGAAGAUUACCAAAGGUUUAAGAAAAAUAGUCAUGUGUGCCUGAGUUUGCUUGAGGAGUUUGAUCAUCGCUUACUUCUAGCGGCCGAAGUCUGUAAGCUGGCAGCAACAUUUAGCUUAUACACGCCCCUCUUCGUGCUCACCAAUAUGAACAUCUGUGGAACAUGUCUAUUAUCCUACAGCUUCUCUUAUGAAUGUCCUCUGGAAAAGAGAUCACACUAUCUUUCAGAAGCAAAGGAGUCCUUUGAAAUUGGUCUUCUCACUAAAAAGAAAGGUGAUUCUGUCACUAGCAAGCAGGAGCUUCACAGUUUUGUCAAAUCUGCAUUUUGUCUUGCAAAUGUGCACAAGUGGCUUCAGAGUGAGAAUGUGCCGCAUGAUGACGUAAACAGGCUAUGCAGAGAAGCUACAGAAAAGCUAACAAAGUACACAUGGCUAGAAGACAAACAAGACAAGGCAAAUCUAGCCAGUGAAAUAAUUACAUUGAUAAGUUGUAUUAAGGAUCAUUUAAAAGUAAAACCAUUUGCAGUGUCCGAUGAAGGUUCCUAUGUUCCUGAUAACUACAGAAACAUUGUGGAAAAAAAUAUUUUUAAAGGAGAAGUGAGUUUCAAAAAGUUGCUGGAAAUGUAUGCUCAGCAUCACAAUGCAGUGUGUAAAUUAUUUGAGAAUACCUGCAGAAAUCAUAAGGCUUUACAACCAGACCUAGUUCAAGGAGUUUGCGUCACUGCCAUGAAGACUCGUGAUACCACAAUAGAUGAUACAGCUGUUGAUACAAGCAGAGACAGUAGUUCUUUAGAGCAGAAAUCAAGCAGAAGAAGGAAUAAACUUGUACGUUCGAAUGCAAUGAACAUGUCUCUUGAUGUUGGGAAACAAAAAAUACUAAGUAGGUCUAUUAGCAGUAAUAGCCCCAGCUCUAUGACAUCAUGGAGCAAAUUGUCAAAGUCCUCUUCCAGCUGGGAAUCUGUUAGUUUUAACGAUAGGGUGGAACUACCUGAAGAGGGAAAUGUAGCCAUAAGUAAUCUGGAUAACGUUUGUUCUACGGCUGCUUCUGAUGGUACAGAGGAAAGUGCAGCAGAAGAAAUUCACAGUCCAUCUAGCAUAGACUUUGAAAAAGUCCAGCUAGAAGAUGGGCAGGAUCCAUGCUGUUCUACAGAUAUCGAGACAAACGCUGUCAUUAGUAGAGAUGCCAACAAUAAACAUUCAGAUAUAGUAAACAAAUCUGUGGGUGACAGCAAUUUAACAUCUACUGUGUCAAGUGCCAUUGAACCUCAUGCUGCAGCUGUUCAGACUGUUGAUUUGUUUGCUGAAACAGAAUCUGCCACUGAUGGUUUGCCAUAUGAAGACACAUCCAAAGUGCCACCAGGUCCAUCUAAAAUUCAGAAUAUAGUUAGCCAUAGGAACAGUUGUUCAUCUUCUGAAGGCAGAUCUUUUGAAGAAGUAGACAGGAUUGAACAGCACUUCCUUAGCCACCAGUGGUCUGUAGACAGCUCAUCUAGCAAACAAUCUCGGCAACAACCAGCCAGCAGAACAGGGGAACAUCUGCCAAGUUACAAUGCCAACGUGAAAGUCCAGCCUGAGUGCAAUACUUGUGAAAGCACAGAGGAAGAAGUUGAUAAACUCAGUCUUAUCUUGAGCAGCAGUCAUGGAUCUAGCUCUUGGGGCAGAUCAGCACAAUUUUCCCGUAGCCUUUCUGAGUCAAACUCCUUUUUAAAUUCAAGUGGAAGUUCAUUUGAGUUCCUGCAUUUAAGGAAUGACGAAAAAAUGCAUCAAGCUCCUACUUUAGAUGCUGGAGAGUACGAGAAACUUCUGUCGGGUGUGGAACAUGAAUGGUUAAGGAAGAAGCUACAGGAUACCGUUUUACCAAGAUUCCCUCAGUUUCACAAAGCAUACAAUGCGUUGCAUCUCAAGUUCUCAAAAAAGUCUGAGCUGUGGAAGGCCCAAGAAACGUAUGUGUACUUUGGAGAUUACGUGACUGUCACAAAAAAGGGAAAACAAAGAAAAGCAUUUUGGAUACACUUUCUGCACCAGGAUGAAACUUUGGGAAGAUAUGUUGGGAAGGAAUACAGGGAAGAUAAGAGUAUAUUCUAUCAUUUUAAUGAUGUUGAGCGUCAAAUGACUGCGCAGUACUAUGUGACGGAAUUCAACAAAAGGCUAUAUGAGCUAAACAUUCCCACCCAAAUAUUUUACAUCCCAUCAUCUGCAAUCUUGAUUUUAGAAGAGAGAAACAUUAUAGGAUGUAUCAGCGUAGAACCAUACAUUCUUGGAGAUUUUGUGAAGUUAUCUAAUAAUAAAGAUAUUGUUAAAGCAGAAUACGAAGCAACAAAAUAUGGAUUAGCCCUUGGCCAUUUUACUUAUGAAUUUUCUAAAUGCUCAGAUAUUGUUGUUGAUUUACAAGGUUGGGUGACAGAUGGUAAAAAAGGAGAAGCCCUUAUCUACCUUACAGACCCACAAAUCCAUUCUGUUAAGACUGCUCAAUCUAAACGGGAAAAUGGAAAACCUACAUGUAUCAAUUUUGGAAAGAAAGGAAUAAACUAUUUCUUCAGCCGUCAACAUCAAGAAUGUAAUGAAAUCUGCCACCGUCUUGGCUUAACCAGACCUAACCUUGAGUCACUAUAGAAGUGCAUGCUAACGGUUGUAUAUCCUUUCUGAAUUAGUUUAUAAAGAAUGUCAGCAAUAGCAUGUAUUUUCUUGUGGCCCAAUUGACAUAGCACUAAAUAUAAUGCAUUAAUCUGGAAUGGACAAUAUCUUUCAAGUCUGUAUGUCACCUGAACCACACAUCUGCCAUCAAAACUUCAGAAAUGACUACACUAUCCUUUUAAAUAUAUGUAGGACACAUUUUUUUUGUUGUUGUUGUUGUUUUUUGUUUUUUUAAAAUAUAGAGCAUACAAUUUAGUUCUAUCAUCAAAUUUACCUAUUUUUUUUAUCUUUUUGUGGAAACUUGGCCCCUUUUCAUGAGAGCAUACUGAGGUAUGCUCAGAGUGUGUGUAUGUCUUGAGCACUAUAUUGUUGCAGUGUUUGUAGGAAGAUUGUAAGGAGCACCAGUACAUUUUUAGUUGCUUGAUAACUGAUUAUGAAUGUGCUGUCACCCAGAGUAACCCUGAAAAAUCUGGCCUGUUAUUGGGUUUGCACUUCUCUGUAAGGCAUAUGGUAAUCCAGUAAUUACAAAAUUGACUAAUAUUAAAGCAUUUUGCAAGGGUAUUUUAAUGGUUUAAAAUUUAAAUCCCAUGGGGUUUUUUUUUGUCUGUUGAUUAUUUCAGUCUCCAUCUUGUUAGUUUUUUUAGCAUUGCUGGUUGUGACAGAGACAAAACUGUUCUCCUACUCUGAUAAUUUUACGUGCUUGAAGCAAGCCGAUUUAUCUCUACCAGCAAAUCUGUAUGUUAUUCAAGUAACAGCCUUUGAUUGCUGUGAACAUCAGUGAUUCAAUAAAGCCAUUUACCCAUUUUAGGAGGGCUGGUUAGAAGGGAACAGAUUACAUUAGAAUUAGUGGGAAUAAAAAGGACCUCUUAGAAAUGAAGUUAUGUUUUGUAAAAAGGAGGAAUCGUACAAUUCCCCAUACAUACUAUGAUAUAGGUGAGUCUGCCAAUCAAGCAGCCUCAAUAAGGGGUUUAACUGGAGAAAAGAGCAUAAUGGGUAAGAAUUUAGAAAUAAGAUCUGCCCCUCGAUCCAUCUAGGGUAUUCUUCCUCUAGAUCCCAUAUAACUGUCUGCUAGGUGCACUGCUGGACCAUAUUUAAGGAGGUUGGGGACCCCUAUCCCAUUUUUAGAGUGGUAGCGGAGGAGCCACUGCUAUGCAGGAUCCCCAAAUAAAAAGUAACAAUUUGUUUUGGUGCCUCAUAAAUUAGUUAUAAGAGGUGGGGAGAGCGAAUGUAUGGAAUGGGAAAAACAACUUCAGUAGGAUUUUAUGUUGACAGAGUCAGAAAACCUUACAAUGAUAGCAUUUUUAAUUUUCUGUGUGUAUGUUUUCGUGUGUGUGUGACCAGACACAGGGGCCGAAUUAUUAAAGUGCGAACAGACAUGAUAAGCUGUAGCGGAUCACUUCCGUCGCACAUUGAUAAAUGCCGACAGCAUAUGCUGUCAUUGCACAAGCAGUUCUCGUGAAAUGUAUCCAAUCGGGCUGAUUGCUGUCCGCCACCACAGAGGUGGCGGACGAGUUAAGGAGCAGCGGUCUUAAAACCACUGCUUCUUAACUCCUGAUCCCGGCGAGCCUGCGUUAUUUAACCCCCUAUAGCACAAACAGCCGCCUUGUGCGUGCGAUAUGGCUGCGUUGAGCUCCAUACCGCACAAAAUACAAGCACUUAUUUUGACGUGCUCGUGCACGCUUUCCCCAUAGACAUCAAUAGGGAGAGCGGGUUAGAAAAAAACCCCUGCGGGUUAGAAAAAAACACCUGCGAUUGCGGAAUGAAAAGCUCUGUAACGCAGCCCCAUUGAUGUCUAUGGGGAAAAAUAAAGUUAUGUUUAAACCUAACAUAAACCCAGAGUCUAAACACCCCUAAUUUGCUGCCCCUGACAUCCCCGGCAUCUACAUAAUGUUAUUAACCCCUAAUCUGCCGCUCCCGGUUUUGCCGCCACCUAAAAAAAACUAUUAACCCCUAAUCUGCCGCCCCCAACAUCGCUGCCACUACACUAAAGUUAUUAACCCCUAUUCCCCUGCACCCCAACAUUGCCCACAUAAUAUAAUAUAAUAAAUAUAUUAACCCCCUAUUCCGCCUCUCCCCGACAUUGCCGCCACUAAAUAAAGCUAUUACCCCUAAACCUCUGGCCUCCCACAUCACUACCACUAAAUAAACUUAUGAACCCCUAAACCGCAACAACCUAAAUUAAACUAUAUAUUAACCCCUAACCCUAACGUAGCCCUAAACCUAACCCUAACACCCCCUAACUUUAACAUAAUUUAAAAUAUAGCUAAAUUAAACUUACAAUUAUUAACUAAAUAAUUCAUAUUUAAAACUAAAUACUUACCUGUGAAAUAAAACCUAAGAUAGCUACAGUAUAACUAAUAGUUAUAUUGUAGCUAGCUUAGGUUUUAUUUUUAUUUCACAGGUAAGUUUGUAUUUAUUUUAACUAGGUAGACUAGAUAGUAAAUAGUUAUUAACUAAUUACUAACUACCUAGUUAAAAUAAAAACAAACUUACCUGUAAAAUAAAACCUAACCUACCUUACACUGAAACCUAACAUUACAAAAAAUAACAAAUGAAAUUAUCCAAAACAAUAAAAAUUGUUCCUAUUCUAAUACCUUUUUUAAAAAAAAAAAAAAAAAAAACACCCCAAAAUAAAAAAGCCUAAUAUAGAAUAAACUACUAAGGGCCCUUAAAAGGGCCUUUUGUGGGCCCUUAAAAGGGCCUUUUGUAGGGCAUUGCCCUAAAGUUAACAGCUCUUUUGCUACAAAACAAACACCCCCCACCCCCCAAACCAAAAGUAAAACCUUAUCUACCCAUUGCCCUGAAAAGGACAUUUGUAUAGGCAUUGCCCUUAAAAGGGCAUUUAUAGUAGUGUUAGGGUUUUUUAAUGGUUAUUUUAGUUUAAUUUAAUUGGUAGUUAGUUUAAUUUUAGUUUAAUACUUAUAUUAUUUUAAUUGUUAGUUUAAACUUUGUUUUUUUAUUUGACAGGUAAGUUUUAAUUUAAUGGAAAAUGUAAUUUUAAUAUAAAGUUAGGGGGGGCAUUAGGUUUAGGGGUUACUAGUUUAAAUUAGUUUAUUGCGAUGUGGGAGGCUUUCGGUUUAGGGGUUAAUAGUUUAAUUUAGUAUAUUUCGUUGUGGGGGGCUUGCGGUUUAGGGGUUUAUAAGUUUAUUAUAGUGGCGGCGGUUUAGUGGGGGCGAUGUGGGCAGACGGCAGAUUAGGGGUUAAUAAUAUUUAAAUAAUGUUUGCGAUGCGGAAGGGCAUCGGUUUAGGGGUUAAAAACUUUAUUAUACUGGUGACAAUGUCGGGGAGCGGAGGAAUAGGGGUUAAUAAAUGUUAUUAGUGGCGGCGAUGUCGGGAGCGGCAGAUUAGGGGUUAAUAACUUAAAAAUAGUAUUUUCUAUGCGGGAGGGCCUCGGUUUAGGGGUUAAUAGGUAGUUUAUGGGUGUUUAGUGUACUUUGUAACAGUUUAGUUAUGAGUUUUAUCUAACAGUUUUGUUGCGUAAAACUCAUAACUACUGCUCUCAGAUUGUGAAACGGAUUUUGUCGGUAUAGGCUGCAACGCAAGCUUUUUAGCCUCACCGCAAAACUCGUAAUGGCUGCGCUAUGGAAGUCCUAUGAAAAAACGUCAUUUUAACGUGUGCGGGACUGACGUUGCGGUACAGGCUAAAAGGGUUGCAGCACAGCUAUACCGACAAGACUUGUAAUGGCUGCGGUGCUGUUUUAACGCUGAAAUUAACAUUUUUUCAGCUUUAAAACAUGAACACACAACUUGUAAUCUAGGUGAUAGACUUCUAAAAACAUGUGCAUGCUCCUAUCAGUCUGCCAAGGUUUACUCUUGAAAAAAAGAAUAUCAAGAGAACAAAGCAAAUUUAGAAAUACAUAUAAACUUGUUUUAAAUUUCCUGCUAUAUCUGACUCAAUGUUUAAUUUUGACUUUACUGUUGCGGUUUAAACUGCCAUGCAUGUUCGUCUAUAAUACAUUUUAAAUGAUGUGUGUGUUCUGCUUCCUUAAAUGUCUGAACGCUAUAUUUAAACUAUCAGUGUGUUCAUACCAAUAUGUUGUUCACAAAAUUGAUCAAUAAACUUAUUUAUUUUCUUAUA